AUGCUCUCUAUAAAAGAUACAAUAUCAAGAAUAGGAAGGUCAAUACGGCAAGUGGAAAGUUUGACUCAGUCAAGUAAUCCUAAGUCACCAAUCAAACUGCCUGCAACUAAACCAUGCCUCAAAGUUAUCCCCAAGACGCACACACAAUUAUCAAAUGAAGGGUUGAACCAACUAAAGCCAUUAUAUACCGAUUUUCAACGGAAAGUCUUUCAAGAUUUUUUAAAACCACUAAAUAUUCCAAAUUUAAAAACUUUUAGUGAGAAAGUAGAUUACAAUAACAGGGAAGCAAAGCAAAAUUGGCUCCAGAAAACUUCAACAGAACCCCAGGAUGUACUAGACACAUUUAUAAAACACAGAUAUCAGUUUAAACGAUUAAUGAAAUAUCUAUUAGCAAUAACACCGAGUCAUUUAAAGGGAAUACUGUAUAGUAAUGUGCAACAAAUUCAGCAUAUCCUUCAAGAAGAAGAAAAGGUUCAGCUGUCCUUGGAAAGACCAAAAAUACCCCACAACACGUUCCAUGAAAUUCCUCCGCUUCCCAGUCCUCUAACUAAAGAGAGCUUUGAAGAGUACAUAUUCAAGUUGACUCAUUCGAAAUAUCAUUACAAGAAUUCGCUGUCAUUGCAGUCGGGAAUUAUUCCCCAGAUUUUGCUUCAUACACAUAAGCUAUCGAAUGAGAAGUUUAAGCCAUUUCGGUCAACAGCCACUUUCAACCAUUUGAUCAAAUAUUUUGGCUAUGAUAAGAAUCAAAGUUUGUUUGCUCGAGAAUUGUUAUUGGUGAUGAACAAUGAUGGUCAUGUUGCUGAUUUUGGCACAAUUAACAAUCUUUUAUGUGUGGUGAAAUUGCAUUCACGUAUCAGGUCCAAUACAAGUUCAUACCGAUUAGCGUUGAAAUAUUUAAAAUUUGGCCACCAAUUGGGUGUACAGGUGAAUUUGUCGACGUGGACCAGAAUUUACGAUAUCAUCGAUAAUGUUUAUUUGAAGGAACAAUUUUUAAACACGCUUCAGGAGAAAGGAAUACCUAUUCUGAGGUCAUUAUUACUAAGGAUUCUUAAAGACUUUUCCAAGACAACAAAAAACACAAAGGAUGUGAUUUAUUUCAUUGAGAAUGAUUUAGGGAUGAAAAAUUGGCAGGAAGAUGGAUUAGUCAGAGGCCAGGUUCUCUACCACCAGGCACUUAACUACGGAGAGGAUAGCGCUCAACCAUGGUUGAAUGAGUUUGAUUUUAAGAAUUGGUUACAAGGGUUAAAAGAAAAUGAAAAUUUCAAGGGUGAAAAAUCAAUCAUCAUGUUGAAGCAAUAUUUUGCCAGAGAUUUUGAAAUUUCAGAAACUCUCCCUACAUUCGCUAUAUUGAUACAGCAAUUGGUUUCGGAAUUUCUGGAUAUCAGACACUUAAAGCAAUUGGUAUUUGUUGUACGAAGUUUAAUCUAUGAGGCCACGAAUCAGUUGGGUAUCCCUGUUGAAGUAGAUAGCUAUGGUGACGGAAAUUACAGUAUUCCGGAGAACUACAAAAUCCUUGCACGCAAUCUGCAAGACGCAUUACCGAUGCUACAGGCAAAAAUCGAGUUUAUUAAUAAAUUUAGUUAUGAGAAAUUACCAUUACCUUGGGAAUGGUUAAGCGAUCAAGAAGUGCAACGAUGGGAGGCGCUCAAACAAAAAUUCAAGAUCAGCAAUACUGAGUUAUUUCCACCGCUUGAGGGAACGAGUCUUAUUCCACAAGAAGAGCUAGUGAAAAUAAUGAACCAUAUCAAAGCCAAAGGGAUAGCCAGUAGAAACAGAAGUAGAGUUGAGAUGGUGAAGAUGGGAUUUGAUGGAUACACGUUGAAUAGAAUGAAAGAUAGAGGAUUGAUAUAA